UCCUUUUGUGCUAUGCAGACAUUUCCAAGCUCAGAAACCGUUCUACUACCCUCGACCUCACCACCUCUGCUGCGUAAUCCCAGCGGUGAUGACGUGGACAUCGAUUUCAGGGAUGUCUUCGGUGGUCCGCCUAAGAGACGGUCCAAAGUUAACGAACUCGGUCGACAUAGCUUCAGUGAUACAGCUCUCAGGCGGCUUGACUUCAUGGUCGACAACAGAGCGCUGGUCCCGCGAGAUGACCUUUGGGAUGGAAGUGACGAGAAGCCUGUUUUCGGGGAAGACACAUCCAUCCGCCGUCGUUUCACCGCUGACGAUUUCUUCGACGAUAUUUUUGGAGCGAAUGGAUCUUCAUCAUCAUCACCACUUCCGGGUUCCCGGAUCCUUAGCCCGGCUCAGCCUAUCCCUCACGAAGCCGAACCUCCUGCAAGACAAGUCAAAGCGACAGAGAUUCCCACGUUUGGUUCAGCUACACGGAGUUCGAGCAAGAGCAAUGAAACUGCCUCGAGCUCGCCUUUGUCAAGAACUUCCGAUAUGGCAGGCUCUGCUGCCAAAUCAGGUCCAAAAGUCGUUGUUACUGGGAAAGGCAGGCAGUUUCACUUCUCCAUCUACAAGUGGACUAAUAAUGGAGUUCCCGUUGUCAUUUGGGGCAGUUCUAGAUUGAGCUCUAUGGCUAAAGCUGAGCAGACAGCACCGAGUGAUUUGCAGUCUACUACUUUUGAGAAGGCUGGUAAAGAUAAAGCAGGAGUUAGUGGGUUAUCUGGUUUGACAGAGGAAAAGAAGACCUCGCAAAAGCGUCCUGGUGUUCAGAAAGUGGAGGAGAAAACAGAAAUUGCUUCAACGUUGAAACAUGCCUUCUCUGGGGAUGUCUUGAAAGCGCAUGAGGCUAGUGUGAAACCUCUACAUUCAUGUUUAGAUGAUAAGGAUGAGAGGCAAGGUGAGGAUAUGGUGUGAGAGAGAGAAGUGAGAAAAGAAAAAAUAAAAUCUAAGAACAUGCGAAGCUCUGCUGGAGAUUCAAGAAUCAAAAGGGAAGCACAAGACACCAGAAGUAGCCCGAUGCCUGAUAAAGCCAGCUUCGCAAGUACAGCCGCAGCACCAGAAGUUGGCAAAGAUGGAGUCAAAGGAAAAGUGAUGGACUUUGUUAAGAUUUUUAGUCAAGGUGGGGAAUCUCUUGGACAAAGCUCUAGAUGGAGAGCUCCCGUCACUGGUAUCAAGAAAGAGGGAGCUAAUACCAAAGAAACUGUAAACAUUUCUGAUCAACAAAAGAAACCGAUUCCAGAAAUCCCAGCUAUGGAUCGUGACCAGAAACCUUCACAGGCAACUCAGAAAAAGGUUCCAGAUCGAGUGAGUGUAAACAGUAAUAAGCCUAGUGGUGCUACUGAGCAAGAGUUGAGGCAGGAAUCCAGCACAACAAAUACUACCUCAGAAGAUAUAGACGAGCCCAUCCAUGUUAAUCUCCUGGUGGAGGAUAUAACACAAGAUGAGAAAAAUGAUGCUGAAGAAAUCCAGAACAUCGAUGCUAAAAUCCGAAAGUGGUCAAGCGGAAAGAGUGGAAACAUUCGGUCUCUCUUGUCCACGCUGCAGUAUAUUCUUUGGCCCGGGAGUGGAUGGAAGGCGGUUCCACUUAUGGACUUGAUAGAAGGAAACGCUGUUCGAAAAUCGUACCAGAGGGCGUUACUAAUCCUUCAUCCAGAUAAGUUACAACAGAAGGGUGCUUCUGACAACCAGAAAUACACGGCUGACAAAGUUUUCGAGUUAUUACAGGAAGCAUGGGACCAUUUCAACACUCUCGGACCGGUUUAAAGGAAGACCAGAUCUUUAGUCUUUUAGUUCUUUACGUUAUUUAGAAUUGUACAGUUACGGUUCUGAAUCGAGAUGUUGCAGAGGUUUUAAUAGUCACA